UCGUCAAAAUGACUGCAACAGUGCAUAGAAGCACACAGCCCGUUCGCGUACAUCAUGUCUUCGCCAAGCACCACCUCGUUCGAUGUCGCCCGGGCCAAACUGCCGCCAGACACGGUCGCUAUCGUCACGGGGGCCGCCCAGGGACUCGGCAAAUGUUUCGCGGAGGGCUUGCUGGACAAGGGAGCUAAGGGUGUGAUUAUCGCUGACAUAAACGAACCGGGCGGGAUGAAAACGGCUCAGGAAUUGUCGGACCGCUUCGGGGGAGGUCGGGUCAUCUUCGUCAAGUGUGACGUUACGUCGGCUGCAGAGGUCGAAGCCGUGUUUGCAGUGACAAAAGAGAAAUUUGGCGCCAUAACUCUCGUGGUAAACAACGCGGGAAUUUGCAACGAGAAAGACAUCGAACUAAGCAUGGGCGUGAAUUUUAACGGAGUGGCUUAUGGAACUUACACCGCUAUUAAGUACAUGAGCCCAGCAGAGGGCGGCAGAGGAGGCAAGAUCAUCAACAUCUCGUCCAUAAGUGGCUUUAAACCCCAACCACUGAUACCCAUCUACGUAGCUGGCAAGGCCGCCGUUGAGGGCAUGACACGAUCCCUCAUGGCUGAUCCGCGCUUGAGUGGACAAGGGAUCACUUUUGGUAUCUUAUGCCCUGGCUCCGUUGAAACCCACUCCUUCAGCCAAAUGGUGCUGCGAAACCCGGAGGACGAUCUCAAGACACUGGCCAAAGACCUAGAUAAACACGUCAAAAUGGAUAUUUCUACGGUCCGGAAUGCCUUUUUGCAGCUGGUUCUGGAUGAGUCCUGGUGCGGAAAAGUUAUGGUAAUCCUGCCGGAAGAGGGAAUUUUUGAUGGCACAGCAGCUAAUUAGGCAAAGAUAAUCCGGUGGCAGACACCAGGAAAGUUUUGGAGAGCUAGUUCUGCCUUUGAAGUUAAUACCAUUAAUGUAUUCUGUGUCACAUUGAUUAAGUUGGCAAAUGACAUGUAUUGUUUGGAUUUAUACUUAGAGGCUUCCUCGAAAUUCGACGACUCGCAACAUUAAUUUUGCUCUCUAUGCGAAACCCAUACACCGGACACCUGAUCUCAUAGAACACAGGCAGCGGCCUGAGGAUGAGGACAGGCAGUGUGUUACAACUGAUAA